UUUCCCACUCUUCCCGCCCCUUUUCCCGCCCUUUUCGCCCCCUCAGGGCAGGAGAGGCGUUUCCCGUCCUCUCGCGCAGCCCUGCUCCCUUUCCCGCCCCGCACUGACGGGAUAUCCCUGCGCGGGCGGCGGGUGCUCGGCCGCUGCCAGGGUCCCAGCGCCGCCUCAGGCCCCGUGUCCCUCCGCCCGCCAUGUCGGCGGCGGCGGGCCCGGCGCGGCUGGUGCGGUGCGGGCAGAAGGACGAGCUGUACCGGGCCGCUCUGCGCAGUGGGGCUGGCACGGCGCUGCGGGGGCUGGCGGGUGCCCGGCUGUGGCUGGAGUGGAGGAGGGAGGUGGAGCUGCUCUCCGAUGUGGCCUAUUUCUUGCUGACCACGUUGUCAGGUUAUCAGACCCUGGGAGAAGAGUAUGUGAAUAUCAUUCAGGUUGACCCAAGCAAGAAGAAGGUGCCUUCUUUCCUUUCUCGGGCCCUCUUCAUUUCCCUGCACACCAUGGUACCCUACUGCCUGGAAAAGGCACUGCUGCACCUGGAACAUGAGCUGCAGAUGGAGGCUGAGGAAUCCAGGACCCCAGAAAACCCCCCAGCAAUUUGCUUUCCCAGGAGGACCUUAAUUCGCACCUGGAUUCGGAAGCAGGUUGGGGAGCUGACAGAGCAGCAGAAGAAAACAGCCUCCCAAGUUGUGUCUGUCCUUAAACAAUCUAUCCCUCUGCUGCACCGGCUCCACCUAGCAGUGUUCUACAUCCAGGGCACCUUCUAUCACAUGUCCAAAAGGAUCGCAGGAAUCUCAUACCUGCAUUUUGGAGGAUGGCAAGGAGAAGAUCAGAGUAUCCAAUCAAGUUACCAGUUUCUUGGAAUAAUUUCACUCUUCCACCUUCUGCUGACCGUUGGAGUUCAGAUGUACAGCUUCAAACAGAAGCAGAGAGCAAGGCAGGAGUGGAGGCUGUACCGCAACCUCACUCACCAGAACACGAGCAAGGAGGUGGCUGCCGGGCGCCAGUCACGCUGCACACUGUGCUUGGAGGAGCGGAGGCACAGCACAGCCACCCCCUGCGGGCACCUCUUCUGCUGGGAGUGCAUCACUGCCUGGUGCAACACCAGGGCAGAAUGUCCACUGUGCAGAGAGAAAUUCCACCCUCAGAAACUGAUCUACCUACGGCACUACCAAAUGUAAAGGGAACCUCUUCUGUCUCCUGACAAGGGCUCCGACUCAUGUUCAUACAGCUUGGGUUGGUCCAAGAAAAGGCUUUACUAAACUGGAAACUGCCUGUGCAAGGUGGCACUACCUUCCCGUGUGACAGAAUAAAGCUAUUUGUGCUUCUACCCUUCUGUAUCUUCUGAUGCAGAUCUUGACCAUAUUAAAAAUGGGUUUCUAAAAUAUGCU